AUGUCAAAGAUACUUGACCUUUUUGUCGCUAACCCUCAGUGGCUAUUAGGGCAGGAUAAAGAGGAUGAAGAGGAGCAACUCAAGGAUAUCCUCAAAAAAGCAACGCCUAAGUUAAAGUCUGUCGUCAAAACAGACGGGCUUUCUGAAAACAAACCUGCAAGGCCUUCCAGCAGGAUUUUUGGUCGAGGUGUCGGGCGAAGCAGGCGCUGGAAAAACAUGUUUUGCACUGGAAACAGCAGCUGCAGCACUUUUGAACGACGAAAAAGCCACGUUCUGUUCAUUUCUUCCGAAGGGAAGUUUCCCGCGGAAAGAUUGCUGCAGAUCAUUGGCAAUGAUUGCAACAGUUACUCGGAUAGAGUCCUUGUUGAAGAAACAGAGUACCUAGAGAACUUUCUGACGCUGGUCCAGAAGCUUCCAAAUGUAUGCAAGAAAUACGAAGAUUCUGGACAUAAAAUUGCGUGCAUCAUCGUCGACUCUAUCACGGCGUUGAUGCGACUUGAAUAUGAAGCAAAAGAUUCGAUGGCGAGAGGAGACAUGCUCGAUAGUUUAUGCAGUGAUCUGAAAGAAAUUGCAACGCGCUUCAAAUUGCCCGUUCUUUUCAUCAAUCAAGUGUCUGAGAAUAUCGACGAGCCGAUGAUCCAUUGGGCCCACCGGCCGAUGUCGAAGAAGCCUUCUCUUGGAAUAACAUGGCGAUAUUUGAUGGACGAGUGUAUCUUUUGUCGAUCGAGAAAAAUGAAAAAGAAGAGAAAGAACGAGUUCUUGAGUAUGGAUUCGGCAGGGGUGCGAAAGAAUCUAAACGGUGUCCACCCGAGAAUACCGAUAUCUUAUGACCUGUACAAACAAUUGAAAACGGAGGCAUCCUCAGAAAUGCAGGAAGGGAAUAUUUCCUGUUCAAAAUUCACCCGUUGCCGUCUACUUCCUGAUCCAAAUCUAAUGUUUGUUGAUGUUGAUCCUCUCUUGAGAAAUGUAGAUCUCUCUAACUGGAGUGAUCUUAUCAAACCGUUGAGGAUAGACGACAGAAAGAAACAGCGAAGCGUCCAACACGACUUAUUGCUCGAGCGAAAACGUCAAAGCCCGAGCAAGGGAGUCAACGACUUCAGCUUCACUGGAAACAGACUUCUGAUGCAGGGUGGAAAGAGCUCUAUUUUCUACGCGGACAUUGGGGAAAUCCCUAAGUUUGUGACGCACGAAGUUCCAGCGCUAGAUAAUGCGGCUCCUCGUAUGGACCCGAAGCUCUGUCCUGGAGAUGUUAAUUACAUGGCCUUUUAUAGAAAUGGAAAUUUGUGGCUUCAGAAUAUCGAAAAAGUUGGUGAAAUAGUUCAACUGACUAAUGCGGGUCAAGAAAACAUCGACUUUAAGGGAGUCUAUGCAGGCUGGGUCAAUUAUCUUAUUCAAGAAGAGUUCGACCGAUAUUCUGGCUAUUACUGGCAAGACACAGCUUCUCGUACGCAAAGAAUCGUGUACGAAGUCUCCGACGAAAGCGAACUUGAAACUCUGACAUACGUCAAUCAUGUUGCAGUCGCUCAGCAGAUUUGUGCAGCGGGUGGCGCGAGUUCUGGCAACGCCCGAUCAGCGGCGUCUUCUGAAGCCGUCUUUCCGUCUAGUGGAAGUAAAAAUCCAAAGACGGAUAUUCGUUUCUUGACAGUUAGCUUACCGGACAAUGAAACCGAUAAGGUGACGGUCAGGAGAUUCAAACUUCCGAUUCCGCUUAUGGAGUACUUGCCAUGGAGUGAAACCGAAAAACAAGGCUACGUCGUUCGUUACGGGUGGAUUGGAGAUAACGGCAUCUGGGCGCAUGUUCUGACUCGCUUGCAAAAUAAAUCAGCGAUCGUUUUCAUCCCCAUCAAUUCCUUUGUCGACGAAGAGAGCGAACUCCCUGACAAUUUCAUCAAUCAACAUCCUGUUUUUAUCCUCCACCAGUGGACAAGCGAAACUUGGAUAAAAGAAACUGAUUCGAUCCACUUUUUUGAUCUGAAAGUCGCGGAAAAUGGAGAAGAAGGAAAAUUAGACUUUAUCUUUCACUUCGAAAAUAUGUCCGGCUUUGAGCAUCUGUUCUAUUUGACGGCGUUGUUAAACUGGAACGCGGAUAGAAUUCCCGACUUGCAAUUCAACUCUACAAUCAUGUGCGAGACAAUGAUCAGGCCUAUUACAACAGGCAAUUGGCAAGUGCAAAACACGGGAAUCGACAUUGAUUUCGCCAACCAGCUUGUGUAUUUCCAAGGAAUGCGAGACUCGCCUCUUGAAACCCAUCUCUACCGAGUAAAUUAUCAGAAGGGGAAUGCCCAUGACGAGUCUUGUCUUCGUCUUACUAAAUCCAACUUUAACCACUUCGACAUUUCUGUUUUCAUCGACGAGAACAUGUUUCUUGUAAAAUCUUCAAACGUCAACACACCUACCUCAAUUGAAAUCUACCGAAUUCCCAAGCCUGAAACCGCCAUCUUCUGGACAGAAGAAGGUGUGUGCCCUCGCCCGCUUGCCUUUCUUGCCGACGAUGUCACUCAAACUCAACAGCCAAAGCCUGAAAAACUUGCGAAGAGAGAAUCCCGCGGCCCUGAGAUAUUUUCCUUCAAAAACAGCUCCGGUGAUGAGAUUUUCGGCCAGAUCUACAAGCCGGAGAACUUUGAUUCCAAGAACAAAUAUCCGACAAUUGUCUAUGUUUAUGGAGGCCCUCGAGUGCAGAACAUCAGGAAUCAGUUCUCUGCUUCGAGGUCUGACAGGCAUAGAAUGUAUUCCAAGUUUGGAUACGUUAUCCUAACUUUCGACAACCGAGGAUCUGACAAUCGUGGUCUCAAGUUCGAAGGAGUCAUCAAAGAUCACAUGGGAUACUACGAGGUGCAAGACCAAGUUGAAGGCAUUGCAUACGUUGCACAGAACAUGGGAUUCAUUGAUGUCAAUCGCGUGGCUAUCGAAGGCUGGUCUUAUGGAGGCUUUAUGUCGCUUAUGGCAAUUGCUCAGUAUCCUGAUGUUUUCAAAAUUGCUAUUUCUGUCGUCGACUGGCGAUUGUACGACUCUGCCUAUACUGAACGAUACCUUGGUUUACCGCAAGACAACCCAAAAGCUUACAGUGAUUCGUCCGUGGUGCAGCAAGUACCUAAUUUACCUGAUGAGCCUAAUCGUCUCCUUCUCUUCCAUGGCAUGAUCGAUGAAAAUGUCAUUACAACAAAUAUGAUGGUGCUCAUUGAAAAACUCACCAGAGCAUGCAAGCCUUACGAUUUGAAGCUAUUCGUGCAAGAGCGGCAUUCAAUGCGCUCCAGCAAAACAGUCGAAUAUUACGAAAUGACUGUACUUACCUACUUGAACCAGUUCCUCUAA